ACCGGCAGCCGAAGGAAGGAGAGGUCCCGGGGGUGGACUAUAACUUUGUGAGCACAGAGGGCUUUAUGGAACUGGAGCAAAGUGGAGCCCUGCUAGAGAGUGGAACCUAUGAAGAGAACUUAUACGGUACUCCCAAGCCCCCAGCCGAGCCCAGUCCGGCGGCCCCUCCACUGAAUGUGAGUGAGGUGCUGCUUCCCGGAGCCCGGCCCAGCAUCCAGGGCAAGAGGAAGAGGAACCAGUCGGUCAGAAACAUGCAGCAACAAGCCAGCCUGGAGCCGCCCGAGGAAGAAGAGGAAAGCAGCCCCCCCGUGGUCAAUGGGAACGGGGUGGCCAUCACACCAGAGACAAGCGAGCAUGAGGACAAGAGCACAGAUGGGUCGGGGGAGGUUUCUGUGGUGGAGGCCCCGACACUGCCCCCUCCCGCCACUGAYCCCCCCACAGAGGGAGAGGAGCCCCCUGAGGGGGACUCCCCCAAAUCACCCCCCAAACUCCCCGAGGGGGAUGAGGAGGAACUGGGACCCCUGCCUGACAACUGGGAGAUGGCCUACACAGAGAAAGGAGAGGUCUACUUCAUAGAUCACAACACCAAAACCACAUCAUGGCUGGAUCCUCGGCUGGCAAAGAAGGCCAAGCCACCUGAGGAGUGCAAAGAGGACGAGCUGCCAUAUGGCUGGGAGAAGAUUGAUGACCCUAUCUAUGGCAGUUACUACGUAGACCACAUCAACAGAAGGACACAGUUUGAGAACCCCGUCCUGGAGGCAAAGAGACGACUGGAGCAGCAGCAGCAGAUGCAGAGCCAGGGACUGUCAGCUCUGCCCUUACCUAAUAUUUACAGAGAGAAGCCCCAGUUCACAAGGGACCCCACACAGCUGAAGGGCUCUUUCUUGUCAACGGCUCUCCAGAAGAGCAACAUGGGAUUUGGCUUCACCAUCAUUGGAGGGGACGAGCCAGAUGAGUUCCUGCAGGUCAAGAGUGUCAUACCUGAGGGCCCAGCCGCACAGGAUGGGAAGAUGGACACAGGUGAUGUCAUAGUCUACAUCAAUGACAUCUGUUGCCUGGGCACAACGCACGCCGACGUGGUCAAACUCUUCCAGUCUGUGCCCAUCGGCCAGAGCGUCACCCUGGUCCUCUGCCGGGGAUACCCCCUACCAUUUGACCCCGAGGACUCUAUUGGGGCGUCCACCAGCGCCUCCCUGACCACCAUGGGCCUGGAACACCGACCCCUGGUGGUGAAUGGGCGCAGUAGCUACGACCCUUACCUGGAGUACCUCUCCCUGAGCUCCCAGCUCCCUCCCCAGGCUCUAACACAGCCCGGGGCACCCCACCUUGAUGGGUCCUCGCUACCUCCCACUACCGCCCGGUCUGCACAGGCCAUGACACCGCACGACGAUAACAUCUCCAUGGCAUCGUCGGGGGCGACAGGGAUUGCCGGGGGCGUGAUCCAGGGGGCAGAACUGCUGACCGUAACCAUUGUGAAGGGGGCGGAGGGGUUCGGAUUCACCAUCGCCGACAGCUCCACUGGGCAGUGUGUCAAACAGGUGUUGGAGCCGGGUGUGCAGGGCGGAGUGGGUCUGAGUGAAGGAGACCUAAUCCUGGAGGUGAACCAGCAGGGUGUUGUGGGGGCAGGACAUGGACGUGUGGUGGAGCUGCUCAAAGAGUGUUCUGUCGGAGCCGAGGCCACGCUACUCAUACAGAGAGGAGGGGCAGGUCACCUCUCUCCAUGGAAGACCUCCAAACAGCUACCAGAGCAGUGGGACCCCCAUGGUAGUCCCCAGACCAGCCUGUCAGCCCCAGUGCUUCCCACAGGCAUGCCCUUCCCUACCCAGCCACAGCACAGCACCUCGGUCCCCGACUCUACAGAGGGCUUCGACCUCAACAAGCCCGACCCAUACGACCUCUAUGAGAAGUCCAGGGCCAUUUAUGAGAGUAGGCGUCCAGAGUAUCAGGAUGUGGAGGUGCACCUGUUGAGGGAGAAGACUGGGUUUGGCUUCCGCAUCCUGGGGGGAGACGAGGCCGUGCAGGCUAUUGUGAUCGGGGCGAUCAUAGAGAACACUCCUGCAGAACGCGACGGACGACUUCGACCCGGGGACGAGCUCAUCUCCGUGGAUAAGAUGGUGGUUGCUGGGAAACCACACAGAUACGUGAUCGACCUGAUGCACGCCGCCGCUCGCAAUGGCCAGGUCAGCCUGGCGGUCCGGAGGAGAGUCCACUUCCCCAGUGAGGUGUUAGGGGUGAACGGCCGUAGCCCUGGCUCCGUGUCCACGCAGCACAGCUCCCCACACAGCGACGCCGCCUCAGCUUCCUGUUCUGUCACCCCCGACAACUUCCUGCCGCCCUCCGUCACCUCCCCCCUGGAGGGUGCCGUCCACCUGCAGACCAGUGAUGUCAUCAUCCACCGCAAGGAGAACGAAGGCUUUGGCUUUGUUAUCAUCAGCUCGCUGAACCGACCGGAGAACGCUGCCAUCAUCACUGUGCCCCAUAAGAUCGGUCGUAUCAUCGAGAGCAGCCCGGCAGACCGCUGCGGGAGCCUGAAGGUGGGUGACCGGAUCCUGGCUGUCAAUGGGCAGUCCAUCAUCAGCAUGCCCCACGCUGACAUUGUCAAGCUCAUCAAAGAUGCCGGUCUCACCGUCACCCUUCACAUCAUACCGGAGGAAGAUCCCAACUCAGGGCCCAGCUCAGAGAAGCAGAGCCCCAUGACCCAGAAACACAGCCCCCAGGCACAGCCCAGCCCUGUAGCCACCCAGCCCAGCCAAGGAGCCUCCCAGGCAGGCCCAGCACCACCAACAGCCCAGCCAGGCCAAGUACCAGCAGUAGACACCCAGCCGGCCCCGGGAGCAGCCGUCCAGCCAAACCCGCCAGGGGCCCAGCAGAGCCCGGUCGCCCAGCCGCCCAGUCACCCUCCCCCACUCUACCUCCACGAUGGAAGGUCAGAGGUGAAAGCCAGGCAGGAUGUGAAACCAGACAUCUGCCAGCCUCCGUUCACCGACUACCGGCAGCCCCCCGUCGACUACCGGCACCCUCCAGUGGCUGAUUACCGGCAGCCGCCCACGCUGGACUACCGGCACCCUCCUCCCCUCAUCGACUACAGACAGCACUCGACAUCACUCGCUGCACAGUUCCCUCUAGCACAGUUUCCCCCAGACUUCAGACCACAGGACUUUGACUACUUCACGGUAGAACUGGAGAAGAGUGUGAAGGGUUUUGGCUUCAGUAUCCGUGGGGGGCGGGAGUACAAGAUGGAUCUGUUUGUGCUGCGGCUCGCCGAGGAUGGGCCGGCCAUCCGCAAUGGCAGAAUGAGGGUGGGGGAUCAAAUCAUUGAGAUAAACGGGGACAGUACCCGAGACAUGACUCACGCCCGGGCCAUCGAGCUGAUCAAGGCAGGGGGGAGGCGGGUGAGACUGCUGCUGAAGAGAGGCACAGGACAGGUGCCUGAGUAUGGCUUUUGCUCCCCUUCCUUUAGGAAUGGUACCUUCCAACCUCUCCAUGUGCAUGAAAAGUGACACGCUAAGUUCCCCCUAUUUCUUCCUAAUGGGCCACUCUAAAGACACGUAGACAGUGCCUCCCCCUGGGAUGCCAUUCCUCCAGCCCUCUCUGCCCUGCAGGAAGUGACCCUUGACCACCAGCAGCAGUCCACCUCAUCUUUCUCAUCCCAUCCAGCCUUCACCCCAAACUCCCCCCACCAGCUCCUUCUAGAGGCCACACCGCGUAUGGCAGCCCAUUCUCCAGACCCCAGCGCCACGAAAGGGGCUACAGGUUGCAGGUGCACCCAGCCCAGGGGCACCGUCCGUGGGCAAAGAACCCUGCAGUGGCCUGAGGAGUUGGAGGGGAGGACCCGAGAUCCCCAACCUCCGCCGCGGCCCCCCAAAGCUAGAUGGAGGUCUGCGGAGAGGAGAGAGAGCAGCAGCACACACCCACGCAGGAUCCAAAUGCAGCCGCAUGGCCCUGGGACUCUUCCUACCUGAGUGUGAGUCUGAACGGAGGCAGUUGAGUCUGUGGGGAGGGACACGUGAACCUACAUGAGGGGUUUGAGCUGAGAGGUCUCCAGCCAAGGGAUGAGGAAGGGGCUCUGCCGCCCCCCCUCAAACCAUGAAUGGCCCUGCAGGCAGGAGUGCAGCCGCCCUCCUAGGGCCCUGGAACCCACCUGGGGGUGACAGACUGCCCGGCACCCUGAGGUCCUGGAAAUACACUGUCAGCAGGGAAAACGGAUCCGGAUCAGACUGGUUUACAUUGGAUCAGACUGGAUUCUGACUGGGUUGGACCGGCUGGCUGUACAUAGGCUCCCAAGUCCAACUUACCACUCACACCAUCAGAUGCCAGAGGACAUCUGAUGCUUUAUUCUCUCUCUCUCUCUCUCUCUCUCUUUGGAAUCAAAAAGUCGUUUUUUCUUGUUGUUCCCUCUUUCAAGAUGAUUAUACCCAUCACCUUCAAAACCAAAGGACAUAUUACAGCUGAUGUGUGUAAACAAAAAGAGGACUCGCUCAACUCAACACUUUAGUCCAGGUAGCCAUUUUGAAACCUGAUGAUACAAAUCCCAUUGCUAUCCCACUAGGCUCUUUGGGUCUGGGCCAAGGUGAGCUAUCGACAUGUUCCUAGUUUCACCAGUCAACCCCAUCACACCUAAAAUGGAUGGUCAGUUUCAACCACUGAUGGGAUGACACUUAUCUAAAGAGAGAUUGGAAUAUUGAGGUUGUUUGCCUAUCGUUUAACUUUCUGUGCAAUGGAGAGAAUGAUGGGAUUAUAGAACUGAGGGAGACGGAGGGAGGGAUGUUAAUUUUAAAUCCUUCUGAAAGGUGAACCUUUUUGGACAGAGCUCUGUCGACGAGACAUCAUACAUGCCUAUUGAUAUAUCGUACAUACUGUAAAUGCACAAAUGUGAAAAAUAUGUACAUUUGGUCAUCUCCCAAAAAUAUGCCUAGUGUUUUUUUUAUGCAUUGUUGUAGUUACAUUUUAGAAGAACAUAAAAAAACAGAUAUCGGGACCAUAUUUUAAGAUUCAUAUUUCCAUGGCCUUUUAUUAUAUACUAUAUAUUAAAGACUCUGUGUGGAGUCAGCUGACAAGGGAACAAGGGACUAGAGUGAUGCAGGUCACAUACCCCUGUUCAAACGUUACGUGCAUCAACCAAUGGUUGCGUGCCACGUCAUUGACUGUGUCAUUGACUGACAGAUUGCUGUAGCAUCUGAUGCAGUUAGCUGAUACGUAAAAUACCAAUCCAGGCAUUGUAAAAUCUGUCCGAUGUCAGCAAUGCCUGGGCAGAGGAAUCGGCCCUCAGUGUUCUUGUGCAUGAACCACCAUCAUCAAACAAGGACUCAAAAUUCUUCUAGAAGUAGAAUGUAGAGCGGACAUCCUCACUGGGUAUAGGUAACUGCCUAAAUAAAGGAAACACCAACAUAACGUGUCUUAAUAGGGCAUUGGGCCACGACGAGCCAGAACAGUUUCAAUGCACA